AUGCCCACUGGCACGGGAGCAACACACCUGCCCACCGGCUCUAGUCUAGCAUCGGCUCCGAUUGUCACGGCGAGAAAUACUGCUACUGCUUCUGCUUUUACGACCACUGUCCCGAUGAUUAUCCAGGUUUCGACUUCUGUGGAGAUGGCUACGAGUACGACUGUGCUUUCGACGACGGAGACGUUGUUGGCUGUGGAGACUUCUACUGCCGUUGUUUUGGAGGCGGCUCCAAGUUCGGUUGUCGGGCCGGGCACGGUCACACUUCUGGAGAAGGAGACCGCGGUGGCUACUACGACCGUUACUGCAAUGACUACGACUACUGAGGGCCCGAAUACGUCUUCUCUAUCUUCCGUUCCUGGUCACAAAAGCACUCUCAUGACCACUGUUCCCGCUAGUUCGAAGACGAGCCCUUCUCCGACUUCCACAAGCUCUGAGGACGAUGAGUCGCCCACGGAUACCAACAGGAAUCUUCGUCGUACUUCGACCGAUGGAGUCUACGAGUACGUCCCAGCCAGAUCCGACCACACAAACUCCAGCCUCAACGCUCGCGGCCUCCUCCACCACAUCGACCACUGUGCCGUCGUAAUACCACAGACAAAUCUGCCAUCAGACGCCUCCGUCAACGAAGCUUGCCGCGCCGUCAAAAAGACGGUCAAGGAUAAGAAGGGAAAACUUCAUAAGGAUGACUACUGCGUUGGCAACACGAUUGGUGGAUUGGUGUAUACGUUCGCGGCUAAGUCGAAGGAUACGCCUCACGUUAUCGAGACCUUGAAGGGGGCAUAUCAGAUGCUGAACUUUACUGCUUGUGAGGUGCAACCUGCGGAUAUGAAGUUGAAGAGAGAUGAUGAUCGUUACGACUACCCCAACAUAGGCGGAGAGGUCAAACCGUUGAAAUCGGGAGACUGGUCGGAUGCCGUACCUGUGCCCCUUCCUAUGCUCAAAGACCGUGCGUCAAUCCUAGAAAGGAAGAAGCGCUGCGUAGCCGUCAUCCCCAUCACCAAGUUGCCUUCCAAGGAUGUACAGAGUUCGGAUAAGAUGUGCAAAAUGAUCGAGAAAGCUGUCAAGAAAGGCGCCAAGAAGCCCGACGGCAAGACGCAGUGUUUCUCGAACCAUGGGAAAGCUGAGGACGGGACGGGGGCCGUGAAGGCGGGGAUGCCGAGCGGGAGGAAUGGGACUAUUGGUGGUGAGGGGAGGACGAAGGAGUUGUUUGGGGCACUUGGGAGACGGCAUGGAGGAAUUAAUGAGGCGCUGAGUGGAAUUGAUAGUGGAGCAAAGUAUGCGGAGCGGUCAGAGAUCUUGCCGCCCGGACCCAGGAACCGAGAAGCAGGAUCACGACUCGAAGCCAGGAGGGAGAGAUUCCUCCAUCUCAUCGCCACAGUACCAGCCAGCAACAUCCACAAGGAGAAGAAAACAAUAACACUCUGCAUGAACCUACGUGCCAACGUCAGGAAGCAUGCAACACUGCUAGACGAAGGGUCCUGCCAACGCUCUGACGAUGGUGGGCUUCUGUACGAAUUUAGUGCCAAAGAAGGGCAUGCUAAUAAGAUCAAGGCGGAGAUCAUGGCAGACUUCGUUGGCACACAAUGGAUGGUCACCGCUGACCGAAGGAGGAAGGUGUGGCGUAAGGAUCGUGGGGGAAGGGAUAACGAGAAGACUGGACAUCUCGAUCUGCCGGUGAAGUCACCUUCCGAGCUCGAGAUUCGAGAGUCAAGUCCCCGCCUCGAAGCUCGGCGCGACCAUUGCAAGGUCACUAUUCCUGGAUCAAGCUUCACAAACACCCGAAGGACUUUGCAGUGCAAGGAAGUCCGGCAGGCCAUCAGGUCUGACUAUGUCGAUGUACCAACAGACCAUCAUUGCUCUGUCACUACUAAUGGUAGCAUCGCGUACACGUUCCGAGUAUCUAACGACAACGCGGCUAACAUCAUCAUGACAAUACGGCAUCGUUUUGUUGGUGUGACGGACAAUUCGUGUGCACAUCCCGGGAAGUCGAUCACGAUUUUGGGUGAGCAUUUCAUUGAACGUGAUCUGGAGACAGAAAAUCGACAUGUAAAGAAGAGUACCGUUCAACGGCAUGGUCAGCAUGACAAUCGCACUCCAGAAAUCGACGAUAUGGUCGUCAUGGAUGAGCGCGCAGUUGACGCAGGUAUCUCUACCUUGGCUGUGAAAGAACUGGCCCGUGAAGGCACGAGCUUUGGAUCAGUAUCCCCCCUUCUACAGAAUCGCAAGUCGCCUGCAGAGAACGUAAGCCAGAUGAUCAAUUGCACGGUCACGUUGAACAUGCGCGCUUUCAUCCUCGGGCAGCCACCAGACUUAGACAACAAUUGCCACGAUGCUACAUGGCUUGUGAAUCCUUCUAACCAUCCGCCUUACCACAGCAGCUGCAGUAUCACGAGUCAGCCUGGACGCUUCGCACUUGUAAUGAUGGAUGAUCCUUCCUGGGUCCAGCGCUAUGUGAACAUACUUGCUGCUCAAACGGUCUUGAACCCAGACUUCUCCGAAUGCCCGCUCAAGCCUUCAAGUCACUCUAACACCAUAAGGCGGAGGGCGACCGGAUCAGGAAUUGGGAGAUCCAGGGAGUGUUCGAUCAAGCUACCCAAGUUCUCGCAAGGAUGGGACUCAAGACCGCGCUGUACCACGCUCAGGAAGAAAUUGUUCGGUGGCAAGAACAUUUCGGCCCCUAUCGAGUGGCGAUGCAACGAGCGUACCUCGUCCAAAUUCGUAUUGGCGAGCUUCAGCAUUCCCAAGUCUCCAAUUCCUUCUGAUCUUGAUGCGCCCAAAGCAGUGGUGCAGCGACUUUACAAGUACUACCCGAGCUCGAAUUUUGAAAAAUGUCCGAUCAAGCCUAGGACAAGGAAUUUACCAGCUUGUCCAACGCCGCGAUCGUUCGACCAGAAUAGCUCAAGCGCUGGCAGCAGCAGUGGCACCAUUGCUGCAAAGAGCGCUCUACAAGGCACCACGAAUCAGCCAGUAGGACGACGUAUGUGGCUGAAGCGCCCAGCUGUUCCUCAACCAUCGUGCAUGGUCGAUAUCAAAGGUGGCAUUAGAUUGACCAGUGGGAUCUCUGACGCCGUCCAGCGCAUCCUUGGAGAGCUGGAGCCACGAGUCAGAAAGCGAAAGAUCACUUGCACGACCACCGCCUCCGGUCGUGCCAAAUGA